AGAUGCUUUUUCUUGAUAUUGUUCAAUAGGUUGUUGUUCCCUACUGCCAGCUGGGGAAUAACGAACCAUGAGGUUCUUUUAACCGAGCAGAUGGAUCGUUUCCACCAGAUUGACUGGUGUCAGCUUAUUUUCAAUGAUUUAUGCCAAGCUGCCAAGAAGUGGCAUAACAGGAGCGUUACGAACGUUUCUACAACCAUCUAUGGAUGUUCCAUCGUUAUUCUUCUGUAUUAUUUGGAUCAUUUGCAUGACUCAGCGGCACCCCUGAACAAACGUGGAACACCACGAAUCAAAUACUUUGAUAGGAAUAUUAUUCAAGCCCUGACAAGAGCUGACAAGGGCAAGAUACGCAAAGGAGAAGAAGCAUUUGGACAUUGCUCGUUCCGAAGCUCCUCAGAGACCUGCUACACAGAUGUACCACCCGUUCAUGCACAAUUCAAGCAUAAGACCAGGACCAACGCUUUUGAUGUUCCUCGUCCUGACCCAUCUGGACAGCACUCAAUUCACAUCGAACUCCCGCUCAUCAGGGAUUUGAUAUCAAGCAAGCUUAAUCAGCUUCCAUCCCGCCACCGCAUGGGUUUCAUAGAGAAGCUGUCACAUUUUGAUGCGGAGGUUGGUAAGGCGUGUUCAGUUAUUAAACAGAAUCUUCAGCAGAUUGUUGAGAAACAAUUCAAUCUAUCUGAUGUUUUUGGCGAGUUAAUUGAUGAGGUCCUCCGUGCCGAGGCGGGUGACAACGAAGAUGCUUAUGAUGUGCAGAAAACCACAUCAAAAUCAGAUGAUAUUCUUCCCCAGACAGCUGAAGGAUGUACGUGUCCGGCCCCCCCAACUGUACCCGAUAUGUCUACUCCAGUUUCUCAGCUGGAUACGCAGUUUACAGACACACAGAACAAAACACCUACAACCUCAGUGGGUAAACAUGGUGACGGUGGCAAGAACAUGCCGACCAAUACAAACGUCACUCCUAAAGCAACACCCCACAUGGAUCCUGACGCGCCGAUAUUUGAUGCGACACCGCAAAUCAAGUCUACUGGUGGCGUACAACAAGUGGCAGAAACAGACUUGCCUGACAGUGGUCCAUGCUUUGAUCAGACUCCAUCUGAACAUGUCAGCUCAUUUGCAAGAAUAUUUGUUUCUCUUGAUAUGUACCAGUAA